AUGGAGAAAGAGACCGGCGUUACGCGCGACCCCGUCCAGGGCGUCCAGGGACUCGCCGUUACCGACGAUGUCAACGCGAUCGAGGCUCCCGUCACCUGGAAGGCCUACCUGAUCUGCGCCUUUGCCUCCUUCGGAGGUAUCUUCUUCGGUUAUGACUCCGGUUACAUCAACGGUGUCUUGGGUUCCAAAAUCUUCAUUGAGGCCGUUGAGGGCACAGCCGCCGACGCAGUCAGCGAUUCCCACCAAUCUCUCAUCGUCUCUAUUCUGUCCUGCGGUACCUUCUUCGGCGCCCUCAUCGCUGGUGACUUGGCCGACAUGAUGGGCCGCAAGUGGACUGUCAUUCUCGGCUGCCUCAUUUACAUGAUCGGUGUGAUAAUCCAGAUGGUCACCAGCCCCAGCUCUGCUCUGGGCCCCAUCGUUGCUGGUCGUCUCAUCGCCGGUAUUGGUGUGGGUUUCGAGUCAGCCGUCGUCAUCUUGUACAUGUCUGAGAUCUCUCCCAAGAAGGUUCGUGGUGCUCUCGUCUCUGGCUACCAGUUCUGCAUUACCAUUGGUCUGCUCCUGGCUGCCUGCAUCGUCUACGCCACCCAGGACCGUCCGGACACUGGCUCCUACCGCAUUCCCAUCGCCAUCCAGUUCCCCUGGGCUCUCAUCCUUGGCGGCGGUCUGAUGCUCUUCCCCGACUCCCCUAGAUACUUCGUCAAGAAGGGCAGAAUUGCCGAUGCCGCUCGCUCUCUCUCGAAACUUCGUGGCCAGCCUGAGAACUCCGAGUACAUCCAGGUCGAGCUUGCCGAGAUCGUCGCCAACGAGGAGUAUGAGCGCCAGCUCGUCCCCAACACCACCUGGUUCGGCACCUGGGCCAACUGCUUCAAGGGAUCUGUCUUCAAGGCCAACUCCAACUUGCGCAAGACCAUCCUUGGUACUUCUCUCCAGAUGAUGCAGCAGUGGACCGGUGUCAACUUCAUCUUCUACUACUCGACCCCCUUCCUCCAGUCCACCGGUGCCAUUGACAACACCUUCCUGAUCUCCCUUAUUUUCACCCUCGUCAACGUCUGCUCUACCCCUCUGUCCUUCUGGACAGUCGAGAGAUUUGGUCGCCGCACGAUUCUCCUCUAUGGUGCCGGUGGCAUGUUGAUCUGCCAGUUCCUCGUCGCCAUCAUCGGUGUCACUGUUGGUUUCAACCACACUCACCCCGAUCCUGCCGAUGCUACCAAGAGCAUCGCCGACAACAUUUCUGCUGUCAACGCCCAGAUCGCCUUCAUCGCCAUCUUCAUCUUCUUUUUCGCUUCCACUUGGGGUCCUGGUGCCUGGGUUCUUAUUGGAGAGAUCUUCCCCCUGCCCAUGCGCUCCCGUGGUGUUGCCCUCUCCACCGCCUCUAACUGGCUGUGGAACACCAUCAUUGCUGUCAUCACUCCUUACAUGGUUGGUGAGCACCGCGGCAACCUCAAGUCGUCCGUCUUCUUCGUCUGGGGCGGUCUGUGCACCUGCGCAUUCGUCUACACCUUCUUCCUGGUCCCCGAGACCAAGGGCCUGUCCCUGGAGCAGGUUGACAAGAUGAUGGAGGAAACUGUUCCUCGUACCUCGGCCAAGUGGAAGCCUCAUGAAACCUUUGCCUCCCAGGUUGCCCGUAACGGCGUCUUGGACAAGGUUACCGUCGACAAUGUCGAGCGUCGCGCUUCCAACGUCUAA